AUGAUCGCCAAAAAACGCAAUGAUCACGCUUAUAAAAUUCGGGAUUCUCUUGUGGAAAACCCAAAAAGGUUUUGGACUCUCCUUAAAUCAUCUACAAUAACAAAACCUAUACCAAAAUUUCUUAGAGAUGGUCAACUGUUUGUAACAGGCAAUAUAGCUAAAGCAGAAAUAUUAAACAAAUACUUCCACUCCAUAUUCGCUACACCUGACCAACAUCAGCCACUGCAAUCUCAAUUAUCAGACGUUGUUACACAAAGGACCGUUAGAUACGCUGAUCGUCUGUCGAACAUUGAAUUGACGGAAAGCGAAGUCAACAAUGUGCUUAAGACCUUGGAUCCUAAUAAGGCUUGUGGCCCGGGUGGAAUACCGAACAGACUUCUUCAGAACGUGUGGACCGAAAUUGCACAAUCCCUAUGCAAGCUAUUUAACUUGUCGCUAUCCCAGGGGGUUGUCCCUUCAGAAUGGAAGUUAGCAAAUCUUUCGUCGAUUUCAAAAACCGAUGACCCAAAACUCUCGACAACAAUUAUAGACCCAUCUCGCUCCUAA